GUGACACCGUUAUAGUUAAAUUAAAACACAUUUGUUUCAUUUUAUUUGGAUAUUUCGUGCACCGUUUUUUAAACCAGAUUAAUAUUCACGAUGCGCUUCUCAAACAGGAUAUUUUCGAUGCGCUUUUCAAAAAUAGGAAAGUGUUAUUGGACAUUAAUUUUCGCUUCACUGAUGAUUUACACACUAUCAAUGACUAUUUUUAAUGCUCAAUCCGAUCACCGCAAGCAAUCCAAUCAAUUCAAUGAACCCGAGCAAUCUAAACAAUUCGAUCAGUCCGUUCCCAAGAGUAAAUCGAAAAGAAGUGUUCAGUCCGUUGAUAAGUUAAGACCGAAAAGGAGUGAUUGUUAUCAAUAUUCGAACCGUCCGCUUAACACAUAUAUUGACGUUUUAAAUGAUAUAUCAAACCCAGAAGUAGAACCAGAAAAUGGAACGUCCAUAUUCUUUUUGAUGACAUCUUGUUCCAAGAAUGGCAUAAUUAAUUUGUCCACGAGUCAAGCUUGUGCAAUUGAAUCGGCUGCUUAUCAUAAUCCAAAUCGAACCGUUUUUGUUCUAUUUGCAUCAACUGUUGGAUUUCCUGCAGAAAUGCAACCAGCAACACUUGCCGUUCUGCGAUCAAAUUUCACAAAUAUCCAUUUUCUGAAUGUGAACAUUGACACAUUCGUUGAAGGAACACCGGUGCAAAAGUUUUACCACAGCGGAAAGCUCUUUACAUCCAAAUAUUUGAUUGAGCACAUGUCUGAUUUCUUAAGAUUUCUAGUCUUGUAUAAAUAUGGCGGCAUUUACCUUGAUACCGAUGUUAUUGUGCAGAAAAACUUCGAUAAUUUACCGGACAACUUCUUGGGAAAAGAGGCUCAUCAUGGAUAUAGAAUUGAUAGUGUAAAUAACGCAGUGCUAGGCUUUAAUGGCACCAUCGGACACGAAAUAUUGGAGCUAUGCCUUAAGGAAGUAAUAACCAGCUAUAACCCAGACGAAUAUACUUAUAAUGGCCCGAAAUUACUAACACGCAUUUUGGAGAAUAAAAUUUGCCACACGAGCUUGGCGGAGAUGACGCCGAAAAAGUGUGGCGGAAUGAAAGUUUUUCCACCAGAAGAAUUUUAUGCCAUCAACUCAGAAGAUUGGUCACAUUUUAUUGAUACCAAUUUCACGGAGUCUGUUCUUGAUGCAACUGAAAAUUCAUCGAUCGUUCACUUGUAUAAUCACCAUUGGCGCGAUAAAAUUAUCAAAAAAUCGAAAUCCAAUACAAGGACGGCUUAUGAAGCCAUCGCUGGGAGGAAUUGCCCAAUAGUUUUCGAAGCAUCCGGAGAGAAUAUUUAAGCGUUUUCCGUUAAGAUUUUCUGCGAAAUAUAUUCUACGAAAUAUUUUCUACUGAAACAAGUGACCUUACGUCUUUAAUCCUCAUCUUUAUUUCAU